CAUGACUAGGCUCCCAGAAGCCUCCGGUGCGGCUCGCAGGGAACGCACUUCCUGGGACGCAGAGAGGGAGACGCUCUCAGAGGCUCGUCAGUGUGGGCGAGUAAAAUGCCUUGGAUGUGAGAAACAGGCCCGGAUCGUUUCUGCUCUCUGUUCAGAUGUGCAUGUAUUUCUUCUAAGUUACUUAAAGUUGUUUUAGAACUAUUCAAGUACCUCAAAGAGCAAAGAUCUGACUGACAGUUCUGCACAAGCCUGCCUGCCAUGGGCUGUCGGGAUGUCCAUGCAGCCACAGUCCUCUCCUUCCUAUGUGGAAUUGCUUCGGUAGCAGGCCUCUUUGCAGGGACUAUGCUUCCCAACUGGAGAAAAUUACGACUGAUCACGUUCAACAGAAAUGAGAAGAACCUGACAGUUUACACAGGUCUGUGGGUAAAGUGUGCCCGCUACGACGGGAGCAGUGACUGCCUGAUGUACGACACUACUUGGUACUCAUCAGUUGACCAACUGGACCUGCGAGUUCUCCAGUUUGCCCUGCCCCUCAGCAUCCUGGUCGCAAUGGGUGCCCUGCUGCUCUGCCUGAUCGGAAUGUGUAACACAGCUUUCAGGUCCUCCGUGCCCAACAUCAAACUGGCCAAAUGUCUGGUCAAUAGUGCAGGCUGCCACCUGGUGGCUGGGCUGCUGUUUUUCCUGGCUGGUACUGUGAGCCUCUCACCAUCCAUCUGGGUCUUCUUUUAUAACAUCCAUCUAAACAGGAAGUUCGAGCCAGUCUUUACAUUUGACUAUGCAGUAUAUGUCACUAUUGCUAGUGCUGGGGGCCUGUUUAUGACUUCUCUUCUACUGUUUAUUUGGUACUGUGCAUGCAAAUCUUUGCCUUCUCCUUUCUGGCAACCACUGUACUCCCAUCCUCCCAGUAUGCAUACUUACUCACAGCCCUAUUCAGCACGCUCCCGCCUCUCUGCCAUUGAAAUUGACAUUCCAGUAGUUUCACACACCACCUAAUGGAGAAAUAGUUGUUAAAACUGUGAGCCUCACAUUUCCCUUGUACAAAGAGCUGUUUUGGAUAAAUAUACAUUUUCUUUUGUUUCUGACCAGUCUAUAAAGCCAAAUUUGUUAUGUCCUGGUAGAAUGAAGUGCUGCUAGUUUUUAUGAAAAGUACAUUAUUUUAAAUGUGAAUCAUUCCUUUUAUCUUGCUUCUUACACUAGGAGGAUUUUUAACCUCCAUAUUGAUAUCUGAUCAGUUAUUCAAAUGGAAAGGACCUGUGUCUUAUUUGAAGUGACUUAGAGCAACAUGGUAGUGAAAAAAAUGAUGACUAAGAGAAGCUAUUGUAUAUGAUCUUUAUCAAUAUUUCAGAAUGUGUAGUCCUUUUCUAUAAUACCUUAACUGAUUUUGUCACCGUUGGGGCCAAUUGGAGUUCGGUGUCAUCCCAAAGGUAGAGGGGAGGCAGAGGGAUAAGGCAGACCUGUCGUUAGCAUUUUUCCUCGGUUCUUCCUCAUUGACAGUGAAGAAUCACAAGUCAUUGAGAUUUAAUAGUUUUAUUAAAAGUAUGUUUUAGAAAGACAAAAUAUGCCCCAAGGAGGCACCUGGUCCCAGUGCUGUAACCAACACAAAGGGACCAAAAUGGCUACAAAAGAGCAAAAAGGCCACAAAAGGCUACCAAAAAAGGAGGAGAGCCUUGAAGGGCAAAAAGGAUCCAGAAGUGGGGAAGUCUGCCUUAUAUUUGGGCCCUGAUGGGUGGUUUCAAAGACAUUCCUAGGUGAUUGGCAAGUGAGGUCACCUUGAUUGACACCUGGCUGCUAUAUAACUUUGCCUAGUGUGCAGGUGCUUACCUAUAAUUCAGUCUGUUAUAAUUAGAUUCAUGAAUUUCCAGGCAUAGUCAUGAGAUUAUAAUGAUGGUAUAAUGAGGCUGAAGUUAGAGACAGUACUUUCUACGCAUGCGUUUAUAGCUGGUUUAGGCCAGCAGCUUUUAUGGCCUUUAUACUCUAGGAUUUGGGGUAAUUGAUAACCCUAAAACGGAGGUAUUUCUGGGAGGUUCUUAAGGAAGGUCUUCAAGGGAAGUUUCUAUGGUUACGGGGCUGAGCCCCUAUUCCUUUGUUCCCCUAUUGCUCAUGUCUGACUACCUAAUAGUUUGAAAAAAGGGCAGUUUCAAAUAUAAGAAAUUUCUUUCAGGUAAGGGUAAUAGCUUAAUAGUAGUCUACCAGCUUAAGGCUGUGACUUUUCUUACAUCUCUCUCGGGGCUAAUUGUAUUGAAUAGAGUUAGGCAUUUUAAAGAGUUCUUUUGUGAGUUCCUUAUCUUCUACCUCAUGUCAGUGUUCAGAAAUAAAAUGCAUUUCAAGUGAUGUCAGAGAGAAAGCCUAACAUUUUAAAUAUCUAUUAGUAUGGAUAACAUUUAACAUAAUUUUAGAAGUUGAUUCUAUAAACUUUUUUGGAAUUAUUGUAUUAUUAGAGUUAAAAUGUGCCAUGUAAUGGGUUGGUGCUUCCUUUGAGGCAGGAAAACCUUUUUGUUUUUACAGAUAUCAUCCAAGUGGUACUCGUGCCCACGUAUAAUCUCUUAGUGACUAAGAGAAAAAAUAGAGGCCCAAGUGGUUUGUUUUCUUUUAGACAAUGGUAGAGGACAGGCAUCUGUUCUUCAGUGAUACACAUCGGCGAUUCACUCUGGUAACUGCCUUUUGAGUGAUGGGUGAAGUAAGGUAUGGCUUCACUAUGCCCACGUUCACCCUUGAUUCAGUUCCUGCCCCCAUCUCUGAAUAUAUCCUUGAGCAUAUAUCUUUGCCCAGUACUUUAGUAGGAGUUGUAGAGGAUACAUGAAAAGUAUGAGACCUGGUUCUAUCUGCUAAAAAAUUAUAAUUUAAUAGAGAAGGUCAAACUAUUGACUUCAUUGGCAGCUGGUCUUAACUCCUCAGUCAUUAAUCCAAGAAUAUAUUUCAACCAGAGACAUGGCUUUCUGACAGAUGGGCUUAUUGUACAAUGCCAGCAGUAUUCUGGAACCUAGAAAUUAAAUUACUUGGAUCUUUUAGAGCACCUACCUUACCCUAGUUAUUACACUGUAAUAACACUAUAUCAGAUUCAUGAGAAUAAGCAAAAGUAGUAGAGAAGUUGUUUACCUCUGAAAGUAUGAUGAUGUAUUGAAGAGGGAGGAGUAUUUAAAAUCUCUCUUCAAGUGGGCUAACAUUUAGAUGAACCCAUGUUAACACUGAGAUAGAUGAAUGCUUAGAAAUUCAGGGAUAUUGGGUCUUUACCCAUAUGAAUUUGAGCUGCUUAAUUUGUAUAAUUUGCUACAGGUCAAUACUAUGUUCAUAAGGAUUUUGUUCUGUUAACCAUUACAAAUUUCACCAAUAGCUAGUUGCAUGAUAAACAAAUUAUUAUGCCUCUUUGCAAAUCUGAGUAUGAUUCUGGUACUUCUGUGGACGUAAGUGGUGUUUUUUUUCUAAUUCCAACACUAGUUUAUGUAUAUAGCAAAUAAAUCCAGGUGUAUAAUUUUUAAAUGCCGUCAGGAGAAAGCAUGCACAGCUACAGUUUUUUAGUAAUAGCUCCUGAUUUCCUUCAGUUCCAUUCCUUUUAACUUUUCUCAGAUUGAGCUGAGUCUUGAUCAUUCCAAGACAAAGGCAGGUAGAAUUUUGAAAUGAAUAUUAAUUUUCCCCUUUGCUAAUUAAUUUCAGUCCCCUCUCACUUUGUCCAGAGGUGUCAAGAAUUCCACCAUCCUGCUGUUCUUUGUAUAAACAAUGUUUAAGAAAAGCAGACUCAACCAUUGAUAUAUCAGACAGUUUUUAGUCCAUGGAAUCAUAAAUAUAAAUGUUAAGCUUUUCCUACAAGAAUCUUUUCAUAAUCUGUAGCCUUAAAUCAGUAUUUAUUAUAGAUUCACUAGACAAAAUAAACAGCUGUUUCCCUUAUUGUCUUUAAUACUUCAGAUUUGCUAUCAGUAGCUCUUCUUCAAAGCCAUUAAAGGAAAGCAAGUAUUUACGUUUUUUUGUAACUUUUGAGCACUCAUCAGGCUAUCAUUGUGAUGGGGGAUUUUUUGUUGUUGUUAAUGGCCUUUUACAGAAGCCAGCUUUAAAAACAACUUUAAAUGUGGUAUGAUGCACCAGAUUUGGUUUAUUCAGCCAUGGGAGAAAAGAUCCCUAAGUUUACUUUACAUGUAAAUAUAUGCUGUAAUAGAUAAUAUGUUUGUUGUAAGCUGCAAUGUAAAACCUCGAUAAAACUGCACUGUACUUCUUGAUGUUAUUAAAAAAUGUAUUUUUACAAG